AUAUCACUGCAAACCAUCUAUAAGACAGCUGCUGCAGACCUGCGGUGUCUCCCUAAUGUAAUAGCAGGAGAUAUUUCGUUUCAAGACAUCCACAAUCUUCUGUCUAAUGGCCAUGAGCUCAAAUGGAACGGAGGCCUGGACUUCAGAAGAUCCCUUUUUUGCGAUGUGGCUCUCCUAUUGACAGAAAUCUCCGAAUUCGUCGAAUUCGUCCUAUAUGGUGGCAUAGUUUCGGUUGUGCUCAUUGCAGCAAAACAUGUCAUUGGCAUUGCCAUCUUGUCUGCUUUCCUCCUUUAUCGGUGUCGUCGGAGGCAUUUAUCGAGGUAUGAUACAAUAGAAGAUUUCCUACAAGCAAACAACAGCCUCAUGCCCAUCAGGUACUCAUACAAAGAAAUUAAGACAAUGACAAAAAAUUUUGAGGAGAAACUAGGUGAAGGAGGCUAUGGUUUGGUUUACAAAGGAAAACUGCGCAGUGGAGGUGUAGUUGCUGUCAAGAUGCUCAACAAAUCAAAAGCUAAUGGCCAAGAAUUCAUCAAUGAAGUUGCGACUAUUGGAAGAAUACACCAUGUGAACGUGGUUCGGUUAGUGGGAUUUUGUGUCACUGCCUCAAAACAUGCUCUAGUAUAUGAUUACAUGCCAAAUGGCUCUCUGGAUAAGUUAAUUUUCUCAAACUGUCAAAAUGGUUCUCCAUUGAGUUGGAAACAAGUUUGUGAGAUUGCAAAGGGUGUUGCUCAUGGCAUUGAUUACUUGCAUCAGGGGUGUGAUAUGCAAAUUCUGCAUUUUGAUAUUAAACCGCAUAACAUCUUACUGGAUGAGAACUUUGUUCCAAAAGUUUCGGACUUUGGACUUGCAAAACUUUACCCGAUGCAAAAGAGUAUUGCAACUCUUACUGCUGCGAGAGGAACAUUAGGUUACAUGGCCCCGGAGUUGUUCUAUAAAAAGAUUGGAAGAGUCUCACACAAGACAGACGUUUACAGCUAUGGAAUGUUACUAAUGGAGAUGGCUGGGAGGAGGAGAAAUGUGGAUGCUCAUGCCGAGCAUUCAAGUCAAAUAUACUUCCCUUCAUGGAUAUAUGACAAAUUCGAUCAGGUGGAGGAAAUGGAAAUCGGAGAUCAUGCAACUGAAGAAGAAAAGACAAUUACAAGAAAAUUGAUUUUGAUUGCAUUGUGGUGCAUACAGAUGACACCUGAGGAUCGUCCUUCAAUGAGGGAAGUCCUACAAAUGCUUGAAAGUGAUUCUAGUGGCCUAAAGUUGCCUCCUAAGCCGUUGUUUUACCCUCCAGAUUCACCCAUAUCCAUGCAAAGAAGCAGCGAUAGUAGUUCUUCUGACGAGUCAACGGCACCCCUAUGUAGCUCUGUUGCUUUAGAAAUAGAGCAGAUGGAUGACUAAGUAGUACUUUCAGUGAAAGCUUUGUCUAGUAGAUUUGUCUUUCAAACUGUUAAAUAUGCUACCUAUUACAAAAUAACAUGGCAAAGUAGACUCGUACUUUUAGUGAAACCUUUCAAACUCUCUAAUAUGCCACCUAGUACCAGAUA